AUGCGUCCCAUCAUCGCAAUUCCCGUAACCCUCCUCCUUGUCACUCGCGCCUACACUCGGCGAUCCCUCACACCGCUGGGCAUCGUGACCGCAGCACUUACCGCAACGAUCCACGCCCUUCAUCCGUCUGCCCUCCCGUUCACUUUACUUUGCACAUUUUUCCUGCUCGGCACGACGGCCACAAAAGUGAAACAUGACGUGAAAGCCACGUUGACAGUGUCAAGUAGUGGAGCUUCAGGCGGAGAAGGGCCUCGCACGAGUCUGCAGGUGGUUGCGAACAGCGGGUGCGCAAGUGCGCUGUGCUUAUUGCAUGUUUCGCUAUUUGGAGUAGACACGAGCGAGGGCGCAGAAUGUUUUGGUGGUAGCCGACAGAGCAGCAACACGUUUGCUGACCUGUUGCUGAUGGGGAUAAUGGCCAACUAUGCUGCGGUGGCUGCCGACACUCUGUCUAGCGAGCUGGGAAUUCUCUCCAAAUCCCAACCAGUGCUCAUCACGAACCCGCUGCGAGUUGUCCCACGAGGUACCAACGGCGGGGUGACUCUUGCUGGACUUUUGGCCGGUGUGGGAGGCAGCGCUGCCAUUGCUGCUACGAGUGUGGCACUCCUGGGCUUUUGUGCCGGAUCACCUUUUGACGCCCUCACUCUGUUCGCGUUAUUGACAGGGCUCGGAACGAUUGGCACGCUUCUCGACUCUCUCUUGGGAGCACUGCUGCAAGCCUCGGUCAUCGAUCGGCGGUCUGGAAAGAUCGUUGAAGGACCCGGCGGCCUCAAGGUGCUUACGAGGCCCAAGACGCCCCCUGCACAUGUGCAAGGGCAUGGCCGAAAGUCCAGCGGUGAAGAGAGCAGCAGGUUGAUCAACUCUGGAAACGACAUCUUGGAUAACAACCAAAUCAACCUCCUCAUGGCUUCUAUCAUGAGUGUAUCUGGGAUGAUAGCAGGAGAUCUUUUGUGCAGAUGA